UGGGUACCAAACAUAAGACAAGUGAGAGAGAGAAGAUUCCCUUGUUCCUUCCACCGAUGCUGUCCUGAGCAGCAGCACUGUAAAAUAAAAGAAAUAUUUUUACAGAGAGUUUAAGUGGAAGACGCAGGCAGGCAGAAGAAAAGAUUAAUGUGAGGGAAAGGAAUAGGAAAGUGUUGUGGGAGGAAGAAAGUGUUUUAAAGACGCCCAAAGCAAAAGCCCCUCCCUCCCUCCCUCACUUCCUUUAUUCUUUCUUCUUCUUUUUUUCAAUUCCGUUAUCCAUCUCGAUUCGAUCUUGAGUUAUCCAUCUCGAUUCGAUCUUGAGUUAUCGAUCUCUCUCACAUCACAAUUCACAACAACUCAAAUUCAGAUCUAGUCGAUGGAGAGCGAAAAGAAAUCGUCUUCAAUAUCAAACUUUGGAGCAUGGGGUAUGAACGUUGUGAGCUCCGUUGGAAUUAUCAUGGCUAAUAAACAGCUCAUGUCCAAUAAUGGUUAUGCUUUCACCUUCGCCACUACAUUGACCGGCUUCCACUUCGCCGUAACUGCUCUCGUCGGUCUUGUUUCAAAUGCUACCGGUUAUUCUGCUUCAAAGCAUGUUCCUCUUUGGGAGCUUAUUUGGUUCUCUGCUAUUGCCAAUAUAUCUAUCACUGGGAUGAACCUCAGCCUCAUGCUCAAUUCUGUUGGAUUCUACCAAAUAUCAAAACUAAGCAUGAUUCCGGUGGUUUGUGUCAUGGAAUGGAUCCUUCACGGUAAACACUACUCAAGAGAAGUGAAAACUGCAGUCAUGGUUGUGGUUAUUGGUGUGGGCGUUUGCACUGUAACUGAUGUAAAAGUUAACCUCAAAGGUUUCGUGUGUGCCUGUCUAGCUGUUGUAUCAUCAUCUUUACAGCAAAUUUCAAUUGGAUCUCUACAAAAGAAAUAUUCAAUUGGAUCUUUUGAACUGCUAAGUAAGACUGCUCCUAUUCAAGCCCUCUCUCUUAUUAUUCUUGGUCCAUUUAUUGAUUACUAUCUCAGUGGCAAGUUGAUAACCAACUUUAAGAUGUCUUCUGGUGCCAUUAUAUUCAUUCUUCUUUCAUGCACCCUAGCUGUGUUUUGCAAUAUAAGCCAGUACCUCUGCAUUGGGCGCUUCUCAGCAGUUUCCUUCCAGGUUUUAGGCCACAUGAAAACAGUAUGUGUUCUGACUUUGGGGUGGCUACUAUUCGAUUCAGAGCUAACUUUGAAGAACAUCAUGGGAAUGAUUCUUGCAGUUGUUGGGAUGGUAAUUUAUAGUUGGGCUGUGGAGCUUGAAAAGUCCUCAAAUGUAAAGACUCUUCCUCAUGCAAAAAACAGCCUAACAGAAGAAGAAAUUAGACUAUUGAGGGAAGGGAUAGAUAACAGUCCGUUGAAAGAUGUUGAACUUGGUGAGGCUAAAGUUUAGAUUGAUUGGAAGUGAUUAGUCUCAAUUUUAAUAUGGAUUACUUCAAUUUUAUUUGUUCAUUUUAUAGUUUACUUGCUAAGAGACUCUGUUUGCACGAACUAAUCCAUUUUAGGAGAUGUAUCUUAUUUUUUAAUUUGAUUGUUUUUUUUUUUCUUUUCUUGUUUUGCUGAGAUUGUGUUAUUUAUUUGGCUUGUCGGUAGAAGACUGCUAGCUAUUGUCGAUAUGAGAUGUAAAAUGUGUAAGCUGAUGACAGGCAAUAUAUUCUGUCAAUUGUCUUUUAUGUUAGAUUAAAUAAAGUUUUGAUUAUCUUAUUUUUCCAAA